ACCAAAUCUAUGUCCGGUGAUGACGGUAUAUCCGCUUGACUAUCCUUUUUUCCUAUAAAGAUUACCUCAUUUCACAGUUAUUUAACCACUCAUCAAUCAAAAAUUAUCUAGUCAACUGCUCGUACUUACUCGUCGAGUUAAAAAUUAAACUUAAUACUGUUACUCUUACUUAUAUUACUCACAAGUUUGCUAGAUCAUACAAAUAAUAUUAAAAUUCUAUAUUUUUGAUCUCGUAGUAACCAGCAAUUUUAAAAUAAGUGCUGAACGAUUAUGUUGUUAACAAAAACAGUUGUUAUCACGAGUAAAACCAGCAGUUGAACAACAACAAAUAAAGACAAACUUCAAUCCAAAUCAUAAAAUAUCGUUCAAAGAUUUAAUACAAAAAAGGGAUUAUACAGGAGCUUUGACAAUUUUAAAAUUUGAUUUAGAAAAAAAUAAGGAUGAUAUAGAACUAGAACAAUGGAUUGCAUAUUGUUACUUUCAUUUAGGCGAUUACAAAAAUGCUAUGUUUAUUUAUAAAAAACUUAGUGAACAAAUAAAAACAAAACAAAUAUUAGCCAAUUUAUCAUGUUGUUAUUUUUACUUAGGCAUGUACCCAGAAGCUGAUGAGGUAUUACAAAAAUCUGAUUUUUCCGAAGUGAAAAUUCGACUACAGUUUCAUUUGGCUCACAAACAAAGUGACGAAAAAAAGCUAAUGGAAUUUCAUGAGCUUCUAGCUGAUGUUGUUGAAGAUCAACUAUCUUUAGCUGCUAUACAUUAUUUAAGAUCACAUUACCAAGAAGCAAUAGAUUUAUACAAAAAAUUAAUGAUGAACAAUAGAAAAUUGUUAGCACUUAAUGUGUAUAUGGCCCUUUGCUACUACAAAUUAGAUUUUUAUGAUGUAUCUCAAGAAAUAUUAGAUGUAUAUAUAAAAAAAUACCCAGAUUCAAUGAUUGUUUUAAAUCUGAAAGCCUGUAACGUGUACAGACUUUAUGAUGGAAAGGCAGCAGAAGGAGAGUUAAAAAACCUUAUAGCCAAGCGUUCUUCAACUUUUAAAUUUUGUGAAGAUUUAAUUAAACAUAAUAUGGUUGUUUUUCGAAAUGGAGAAGGAGCAUUACAAGUAUUGCCACCUCUUGUAGACAUUUUACCUGAAGCAAGACUCAAUUUAGUUAUUCAUAAUUUAAAACAAGGGAAUAACGAAGAAGCUUAUGAAUUAAUCAAAGAUUUAGAACCUGCCAGCCCGCAAGAAUAUAUACUCAAAGCUAUUGUUAAUGUUGUUAUUGGUCAAGAAAAAGAAGAUGUAAAUAAUUUAAAUAAUAGGAAACAAAUUGAAGUGGGACAACAAUUAUUUAAUUUGGUUGGUAGCAGUUCAAGUGAAUGCGACACAAUACCAGGGAGACAAUGCAUGGCGUCAGCCUUUUUUUUAGAGGGUCGUUAUGACGAAGUCAAUUUAUAUUUAAAUUCCAUAAAGAGUUACUUUUCAAAUGACGACAACUUUAAUUUCAAUUUCGCUCAGGUGAAACUAGCAUUGGGCGAAUACAAAGAUGCUGAAGACAUGUAUUUACAAGUUAAAAAUAAUAAAAUAGUAGAAAACUUUCUAUACAUAAGUCAUUUGACUCAUUGCUUUAUAAUGAACAAAAAACCUCAAUUAGCGUGGGAUUUAUAUUUAAAAAUGGAAAAUUCUAAAGAUUCAAUCAUUAUACUGCAGUCAAUAGCAAAUGAUUGCUACAAGACUAAUCAAUUUUGGCAUUCGGCUAAAGCUUUCGAUAUGUUGGAAAAAUUAGAUUUAUUACCUGAGUAUUGGGAAGGCAAAAGGGGAGCUUGCGCUGGAGCUUUUCAACAAAUUGUUCUUGGAAAACACUCAAAUGAACAAGUGGCAGAUAUAAUUCAGCUUCUACGAAAUUCAGCUAAUUCUCAAGUUGAAAAUAUGAUACGAAUGAUAAAGAAAUGGGCAAAAAAUAACAAAAUAAUUGUUUAAAAAAAUUCUUGAUUUUAUUUUUUUUUAUUAAUAUUAAUAAAUUAUAUCAAAUCUGUGUCUCUUUCAAGUAACAUAUUUAUAAAUUUCAUUACUUUAUUUAAGAGCUUACGUGAACUCUUUCUUAAUUUAGACAGGUUAGCAUUCCACUAAGCUAUACCUUUCUUUUCUAUU